AUGGCUAUCAGUCCAAGUGAUCUUCUGUUGGAGCCUGUUAAUGUUUGUAGGGUUGGAAGCGGUUACUACAUCAUUAGCAGUCCAGAUAAAGCCUGGGUGCCCUAUCCGUUUGGUAUAUAUGAUGCUGCAGGUGGGGAAGAAUGCUCCAUUAAUGGAGUUGGGUAUGGAUACGGUAUAACCUGCAAUACUUCUUAUGAUCCUCCGAAACCCUUCCUAGGCACAGGAAAUAUUGAAAUUUUAAGUAUAUCAGAUUCCGAAAUCCGAGUUAGAAGUAACCAGGUAGCCACAGCUUGUUUCACCGAGUCCGGGGUGCUGAUAGGGAGUGAGCCUCCUGGUCGUGCAAAGAACAUAAUAGCGUACAGUCUGAAUGGCACUUCUUUUACAUUCUCAUACACCAAAAACAGAUUAUUUUCUAUCGGGUGUGAUACAGCCAACUCUUUCUUAGGUAUCAGUGUGGAUCGUAACAACAGUGAACACCAGUACUCAAGCCUAUGCAGUUCCCAAUGUGAUAGCAGCGAAGCAAUUAUAGAAGGAUCUUGUGCUGGAAGCGGUUGUUUCCAGUUGACAAUUCCCAAGGGAACAAAUCUAUUCGGUGCAAGAGUUUUCAGCUAUGAUAACCACACAAAAAUCUGGUCUUUUGAUCAUUGUGGUUACACAUUAAUGGCCGAGCAAGAUCAGUACACCUUCCGUGCAUCUGUUCUUCUACUUCCCUCCACUGAUUUUAUUGCUAAAGGAAAAUAUAUGCCAAUUGUUAUUGAUUGGGAAAUAGGGAAUAGGACGUGUGAAGAAGCAGAGACAGACUUGGGCACUUUCGCGUGCCAAAACAACAGCAAGUGUAUCAAUUCUGAUAACAAUCAUGGAUAUCGUUGUACUUGCUAUGAUGGUUACGAAGGAAAUCCUUACCUCAGUCCUGGAUGUCAAGACAUAGAUGAGUGUGAAGAUCCAAACAACAAUUGUGAAGGGAUUUGCACCAACACAGAAGGGAGUUACAUAUGUUCUUGUCCCAUCGGCAGUCCUGGAGAUGGGAGAAAGGAUGGGCGUGGUUGCGUUAUGAAACAAGCAGUUCCAAUACUAAAGCUUACUCUUGGUAUUGGCCUAGGACUACUGUUUUUACUAGUUGGUGCUUCUUGGUUAUACUUGACCAUAAGGAAAAGAAAACAGAUGCAACUCAAGGUAAGGUUCUUCGAGAAAAAUGGGGGUUUGCUGCUAAAACAAAAUAUACCCACAGACGAAGGUGGUGUUGAAUCAACUAGGAUCUAUACAGCACAAGAGCUCGGAUUGGCAACCAACAAUUAUGAUAAAAGUCGGGUGCUGGGAGAAGGAGGCUAUGGUACAGUAUACAAGGGAAUUUUAUCAGAUAACCGGGAAGUAGCCAUUAAGAAAUCCAAAAUAGUUGACCAGAGUCAGAUUCAACAAUUCAUAAAUGAGGUUAUUAUUCUAACUCAGAUUAAUCAUCGAAAUGUAGUAAAACUCUUGGUGUGUUGUUUAGAGACUAAAGUUCCUUUGCUUGUCUAUGAGUAUGUCUCAAAUGGCACCCUUUUUCAAGAUAUCCAUUACAAUAAAAGCGAGGCAUCUUCGAUUUCAUGGCAUAACCGUUUGAGGAUUGCUACUGAAACUGCCAGUGCAAUUGCAUAUUUGCACUCUGCCGCUUCUACACCAAUCAUUCACAGAGAUAUCAAGUCGGCUAAUAUUUUACUAGACGAAAAUUACACUGCAAAAGUAUCUGAUUUUGGAGCAUCAAGGUUGAUCCCUUUGGAUCAAAACGAAAUAGUGACACUCGUUCAGGGGACCUUAGGAUACUUGGAUCCUGACUACUUCAAGACCAGUCAGUUGACGGAGAAGAGUGAUGUUUAUAGUUUCGGCGUUGUUCUGAUUGAACUAUUAACAGGAGAAAAGCCUGUUUCUUUUGAGAGAUCUGAAGAGCAAAGAAAUCUUGCAUCAUUUUUCGUUUCAAAAAUGGAAGAUGAAAAUGCUCUAUUUCAACUUCUUGACGCUCAAGUGUUUAACGAGGAAAACAGGGAGCAAAUCCUUGACGUUGUGGAGCUUGCAAAAAGAUGUGUUGCAUUGAAGAGUGAAGUUAGACCUACAAUGAAACAAGUUGUAGCGGAGCUUGACAAAAUAGCAAGUCAUAAAGGUCAUACGAGGUUGGUACCGUCAGAACCAACGGAUCUGUGUAGCGUGCCAAUGAUCUAUUCCACCGUCUUUGAUUCUGGACAAUAUAGUCCGGACAACAGCAGUACCAUAGUGUCAAUAGGUCGUGGUGUAAUAAUGUUUCUACGAUUCUUAUUCCAACUGAUGAUGAUAAUCAUUUGUUGCCGGACAACAUCCAUGUUUUCAUCAUCGUCAUUCUUUCAGACAAAGCCUGGUUGUCAAUCUACAUGCGGGGACGUUAGCAUUCCUUACCCAUUUGGAAUGAUAUCAUCAUCAUCUGAUAGCGAGUGUUCCAUUGAUAGCGCACUUGGGAGUUAUGGUUUCACCAUUAACUGCAAUGCCACUUAUGAUCCUCCAAAACCAUUCUUAUUAUCCGAAUUUGACCUUGAAAUUCUAAGCAUAUCAGAAUCAGAAAUUCGCCUUAAAACCUGGCAAACCACCACAUGUUACAGUAAAUCUGGUGUUUUGGUGACAUAUUCAAGAGACUACGUGUAUGUUAAUUUUUCUGGGAGCCCAUUUACAUUUUCGGAAACCAAAAACAGAGUCUUCGCAGUCGGCUGUCAUACAUCUGCAUUUGCCAUUACGGCUGAUCAUGUCAAAAAUUAUACAAGACGGUGUGUACCAAAAUGUGAUAGUAGGGAAAACGUGUUGGAUCAAGAAGGUUCUUGCACUGGCAGUGGGUGUUGCAAAAUUGAAUUGCCCAAGGGGCAAACAAGUUUUAUAGGUUUGGCUACCAGCCCGCAUAAUCAUACAGAGGUCUGGUCUUUCAAUCCUUGUAGCUCUAUAUUCAUGGCUGAGCAAGACCUUUACAAGUUCAAUCCAGCAACUGAUCUUCUAAAACCUCCCAAAACAAUACCUGUUGUGCUUAAUUGGGCAAUAGGGAAGAAGACGUGUGAAGAAGCACAGAAAGACCUGGCCGCUUUUGCAUGUCAUCAGGACUACAAUAGUUCCUGUAUCAAUUCCGACAACGGUCUUGGAUAUCUUUGUUCUUGCAAUAAAGGUUAUGAGGGGAAUCCUUAUUUCAGCCCUGGAUGCCAAGACGUUAACGAGUGUGAAGAUCCAACAAACAACCCUUGUGAAGGCAUUUGCACAAAUAUUGUUGGGAGUUUCAGUUGUGCUUGUCCAAAAGGCAGUUCUGGUGAUGGAAGGAAAGAUGGAAGUGGUUGUACACUCAAGAAUCGAGAAUUUUCUAUCAUAAAAGUUGUUAUUGGUAUAGGGGUAGCCUUUGUGUCUUUAGUCAUUGCUAGUUCUUGGUUAUUCAUGGCUAUCAAGGAAAGGAAGUUAACCAAGCUUAAAGAGAAAUUCUUUCAACAGAAUGGUGGUUUACAACUACAACUACAAAUAGGCUCACAUGAAAAUGGUAUGGAAUUAAUGCAGAUAUUUACAGCAAAGCAACUAGAAAAAGCCACCAACAAUUACAACAAGAAUCUAAUACUGGGACAAGGAGGCUUUGGUACGAUUUACAAGGGAAUUUUAUUUGAUAAUCCGGUUGUUGCUAUUAAGAAGUCUAAAAUAGUUGACCAAAGCCAGAUUGAGCAAUUCAUCAAUGAGGUUGUCAUUCUAACUCAAAUUCACCAUCGGAAUGUCGUAAAACUAUUGGGCUGUUGCUUGGAAACUGAAGCUCCAUUGCUGGUGUAUGAAUAUGUUUCCAAUGGCACCCUCUUCCACCAUAUCCAUCACAAGGUUGGUGGAGUUUCUUCCAUUUCCUGGGAAAGUCGCUUGAGGAUCGCAGCUGAAACUGCCUCCGCACUUGGGUAUUUGCACUCUUCACCAUCUAUACCAGUUAUCCAUAGAGAUAUGAAGUCGACCAACAUACUUUUGGACGAAAAUUACACUGUGAAAGUAUCAGAUUUUGGAGCGUCAAUGUUGGUUCCGUUGGAUCGAACCCAAAUUACCACACUAGUACAGGGCACCAUUGGAUAUCUGGAUCCAGAGUACUUCCAUACCGGUCAAUUAACAGAAAAGAGUGAUGUUUACAGUUUCGGUGUUGUUCUUGUUGAGCUUUUAACAGGAGAAAAACCACUAAAUCUUGAAAGAUCUGAAGAACAACGAAAUUUUACAACGUAUUUCAUUUCGUUAUUGGGAGAUAGAAGACUGUUUGAGCUUCUUGAUGCUCGAGUUUCGAAGGAGGGAAGACAGGAUCAAAUUGUUAUAAUUGCAAAGCUCGCAGAAAAAUGUCUAAACAUCGAAGGUAAAGAAAGGCCUAAGAAGGUAGAAGUAGCAGUGGAGCUAGAAGGUUUGAUAAGGACGCUAGAGACACAGACACCUGGGAGUACUGAUUAUCGUAAACCAAGUCAUGAUAAAGAGAAAAGUGACGUACUUGAGACGGUAGACCUGUAUCCUGUGCCAUUAAUUGUUGAUCAGUAUAUGGAGACAGAUAUGACUAUGUCUAGGAACAUCCGACCAUGA